ACCCCUAUCGUCAUUCUUUGCGUCAGUGGUCAGUCAACGGGAAAAUUGAAUGUUGGGACGAGGAAACCAUAAAUCUGGGAAAGAAAAUUCGUUAUAAGGAAUAGAGAGCAGAUUUUCCCGAGAAAAGAAGAACGAAACAGAAAGAGAAAGAGAUUUUUAGGAGAUUUGAUGAUCCGAAGGAGCUGUUUUGUCUAAUCCUGCUUUACGAUGAUACAUUGGUUGAAGCAGCUGCGAUCGGCGUUUGGCGUCGCGUUUCUGUGGCUCGUUUGCCUCAUUUACUUUACUCAGGGAUUUAGAUCGUUCGUGUGGACAGCAGUUUCUUACCAGCUCAAAGACAGGCUUCAGUUAUCACCAUCAGCUUCUCAGUUUGUCUUCUCUGUAGCAUUCUUUCCAUGGAGCAUAAAACCAUUAUAUGGGAUCAUCUCAGAUUGUAUCCCAAUCGGAGGGAAAAAGAGGACGCCGUAUUUGGUGAUUUCGACUGUGCUCUCUCUUGUGCCAUGGCUCUUGCUUGGUCUAGAUUCAACCUCACGAAGUUCCAGUCUGUACCUGAUGAUUUUCUUAACCGUCCAGAAUCUUGGAUCAGCCAUGGCUGAUGUUGUGGUAGAUGCCAUGAUAGCUGAGGCAGUAAGACUUGAAAAGGCCUCGUUUGCUGGAGAUCUUCAGUCUGUCUCAUGGUUUGCUAUGGCUGUGGGUGGAAUAUGCGGUAGUCUAUUAGGAGGCUAUGCAUUAACCAACUUGAAGAUAGAAACAAUAUUCCUCCUUUUCACGGUACUACCGGCGCUUCAACUACUAUCAUGUGCUCUGGUUGAAGAAAUUCCUGCUAGCAAUGAGCCAUUGCCCGAGCUGCUGGAUUCGAACGGGUUCGAAGAGAAAAGCAAUGAUGAAUAUCGAGAUAAGAUUAAGUCCAAUACAAGAAGAAGGAAAGGGAAAAAGAAAGGUAGAAAAGGGACUAACAAUGUAAAGUCUGUGACACAGAAGAAGAAAUCAAAGUCUUUAGCUUCACAGUUGUUCCAGUCACUGAAAGCAGCCACUUUUGAGUUAUGCCGUGCGUUCAAGCAACCGAUUAUUUUGAGACCAAUGGCAUGGUUUUUCAUCGCGCAUAUCACUGUGCCAAAUCUCUCUACCGUCAUGUUCUAUUACCAAACCGAGGUCUUGCAAUUGGACGCUUCUUUCCUAGGAACAGCCCGUGUUGUUGGUUGGUUUGGGCUCAUGGUUGGAACCUUCAUCUACAACCGCUAUCUUACAAAUAUGACUCUACGCAAGUCUCUCUUGUUUGCUCACAUCGGGCUGUCUAUAACAAUACUCCUCGAUAUGGUUCUAGUAUCUAGAGCAAAUGUGAUUUACAGAGUUUCAGACAAGACAAUGGUGCUCUUCGGUUCAGCUCUAGCUGAUGCCAUCAAUCAACUCAAAUUCAUGCCGUUCUUGAUCUUGUCUGGUCGAUUAUGUCCUCCUGGGAUUGAAGGAACACUCUUUGCGCUGUUUAUGUCUAUAAACAACCUUGGGAACACAGUUGGGUCAUUCAUGGGAGCAGGAUUAGCUUCAGUUCUGGGAAUCUCUUCAGGGUCCUUUGAGAAUAUGUUUCUUGGCUUAGCCAUUCAAGUGUUUUGCACUUAUAUACCUGUUUUGUUUCUUUUCUUGAUACCCAAGGAAGCUACAGGAGUAUCAGCUUUGUAGGUCACAGAGACAAAAGCUUAGUUUCUCGUAGAAAAGAUUUAGAUCAGUGGUUUCGCAUUUUUUGGGGGCAUCAGUUUUUGACAUUCUUAAAAACUUUUGGAAUUGACACACACAUCAGACAGAGUUAGAGAGUUGUCAAUUAUAUACUAAGAUUAUACAGCUCCAUUUUCU